AUGAAGCAGCAAAAAUCAAUACAGAAAAUCAUGCUAGAUGACAUGGGAACACUACAUGGCAGCGAAUACACGUUAUCCUCUGACGCGGUGACAUGGAUUCUUCCUCAAUCUAUACAGAUAACUGAAAAUGGGGAGCUAUACUCUAUCACAGCUGAAAACGAGCGCUAUUUGAUGUUGAGAUCUCUUCAAUCAUGCUUCGUACAAGUUUUCCCUAACAUGUCAUCACUGCAUAAGCAACUGAAACAACCAGCAAAACGACGUCUCAAUAAAAAAACUAGCUCCAAUACUUUGGAAAAUGGCACUGGUGCCAAUGGCACCAAUGCGUUCGAUGAACCUCCUGUGAUAUUUAUCAAGACCUAUGAUAAUGAAAAAUUGUAUGUCAGGGUUUCAAGACGGCCUGAUUUUAUUAAAUUGAUAAGCUGCUUAAUAGUUUGGCAAUCAUUGAAGCCCCUGGGUUUAGUAAAAAAAUGGUACUGUGAGAAUAAAGUGGAUAGAUCAAAAGUAACAGAAAAUCCUCACGAGCUCUUAGUUUGCAGAUUUAAAAUAUAUGGACCUAUUCCUAAAUUGAAAAAUUUAAAAGUGGUACAGGGUCCAAGGGCACCGACAUAUCAGCCGAGUGUGGAUACGCAGUUGGACAUUUCCGCUACUGGCUCAGCGAAUGCACAGUCAAAUAAUGAAAUCAAUGAAGGUUGGUUUUACACGAUGGGUGUUUUGAAAUCUAAUGGGGUAUUGAAUUUUAUUUCAGAGUUGGAUGGUACCUUGAUAUACUCCAUAGAUAUUAAGACUAUAAUGACUUCAGAGAUUAGAGAAGUACACCAUUCACUUUUUGAUAGUUCCAACGUUUUAUUCGUGGGAAAAAUCAAGGAGUUGAGAUCUAAUUCGGUUAUCAAAUCUGUAGGUCCACUUUAUAAAGAUCAAAAUUAUCCUUCCUUUUUAGUAAAGGAUGCUAAACCUAUUGCUAAUAGUCAAAGAAUAUUCAUCGAGUUUCCAUUGCAUAUCGAUUUGGAAGAUUGGUUCGUAGGUUUGAAUUAUUUUGCUAAAAAGGAAUAUAUUGGAGAAUUCGGACGGAAACUGAAAGCAAUGAAGGAUAAACUGGUGGCCACUCCAUCAUUAAGUGAUUAUAGUAAAGAGUCUUUAAGAGUAAGUAAAAAGAUCGUAAUUGAUAUAAUUGAAGCCAGGUUUGAUGAUAUGCUACCCGAGCAUUCAAAAGGCAAAGUCUAUGCAGAAGUAUUUAUGUGGGGAUUGAGUUGGUCGAGAACCGCCAUGGUGAACUGGAAUUCAAAUCCUUUUUGGAAAGAACAAUUUGCAACAGAUUUGCCAAUCCUGACGCAAAUGAUACAUAUCAUCAUUAAACAGGCUUCAAAUGCCAAGGUAUAUCUGUCUGCUGAUAAGGUGGUUGGUACUGUAUAUGUUACACCGGACGUAUUAUCUAAGCAGUUAGGCAAGAAUUCCACUAUAAUGACAGAAGCUGGGUUUGGUAGUUCCAUGUCUUUAGCCCACUCCUCCUCAUGCAAUACUUUGAGCGGGUCAAUUAACAAUGAUAUUGUGAGAUUAUCGAUUUAUGAUUCAUCUAAUAUUAGAAUUGGGAAUCUUAUGUUGAACGUCAGCUUAAAAGAAUACCAUGUGUUGGCUCCUAAUAAUUUUAAGCCCUUGGAAAGGAUGUUGAAAAAUGCCCCAAUGAAAGAAUUGAUUAAAUUUUGUAAUGAUAAUGUGCCAUCGUCUGAGUUUGAAAAUAUCAGUUUAAUAUUGUUAGAUAUAUUCCAAAGCUUAAGUGUUGAAUCGGAAUGGUUCAAGUCUUUAAUGGAAAUGGAAUUGGUGAAUGUCGAUAAAAUGACCAGAAAAAACUAUAUAUCAGGUAAAAGGAAUGAUAAAUCUCAGGCAAAAUCUUCCUCUAGUAAUAAUGUUUUCAAUACGUUAUUCAGAGGAUCAUCUAUUUUUUCGAAGUCACUAGAAAGAUAUAACCUUCGAAUUGGUCAAGAAUAUUUGGAGAAAGUGUUCGGCGAUUUUUUUACAAAAAUUGAACAAGAGAAAAAGAAUUGCGAGGUUGAUCCUCGAUAUGUCAAACUUCAAGAAAGCGCGUCACGAUUAGGAAAGUCUCUUGAAGAUUCCGACCUUGAUAGUGAUGAAGAAUAUAGCUCUGAUGAAGACCUCGAGAGAGAAGCAAAAGUCAAAGAAAUGACGGAACAAAAUUUUGAAAAUUUGUAUGGUUAUGCGGAAGAAAUUUGGAAUAAAAUUUAUAUCACGUCUAAUGAUUUACCUCAGCAGAUUAAAACUCAAUUAAAAAAUUUUAGGACUAAAGUUGAGUUGGCGUGUGACCCAGAUGAUAGAGUAACUGCGUUAAACUGCCUUAGUGCCUUCAUUUUUUUAAGAUUCUUUUGUCCAGCUAUUUUGAAUCCUAAGCUUUUUUAUUUAACAAGGAACCACCAGACAGGAACAUCUCAAAGAACUUUAACUUUAAUUGCAAAGAUCCUUUUGAACCUAGCGAAUCGGCAAGAAUUUUCUGCUCAUAAGGAACCACAUCUUCUUAAAAUGAAUUCGUUCUUAGAAGCACAUCAACAGGAGCUCUUGGAUUAUUUUGAUAAAAUCACUGGUAGAAAAAAUGAUUUCAAUGAGAAAAUACUUGACUUGAGUCAUGAAGUAAAGAGAUUUGAUUUAGGAAUAAGCAAUGACUCUACAUCCAGCGAGUUGCCAACCACACCGUAUCUUAUUGAUAAAUACUUGAGGCUAACUGAAUUGAUCCAUCUAUUAGAUCUAAGUUCCAUUUCGAAGCAACUGAGCCUACAACAAAUUGCUACAAUCACGUCUCAAUCAUCAACAUCGACGAUAAACUCUUUAAAUAAUGGCAUUAGUAUGACUAAUGACAUAUCCAAAUUUGGCACUGAGGAAUUUAAAAUAGACCAAGAAAAAAGCGUAUAUCAAAUUGGAUCUCUAGAGUUCGAAAAGUCAGAGUUUUUGGAUCUAGCAGGCGAUAACGAAACGGAAGGCUUCAUUAAAUCAUUAUGUGGAAAUGACGAAAAUAUAUUCUCCUUUAUAGACUCUAACGUCACGUUGAAGGAUAUCCAAAAAGUUAGUACAACCUUGACUAAUAAAAUUAAAAACCUUGAAGAUUUCCUAGAUAAUCCGGAGGUUCCGUCUAAUUACGAUGAUCCUGAUAUUUGGAAUGCUUUUGUAAGUGAUGUUUUGUCUCGGUGCUACAUUGACUUGUCGAGAAACAACUUGGUAUAUCUUGAAAGGGACAUGGCGGUACCUAGCUUCUACAAAGUUGUUGGCGACAGCGUCUUUGCAUACUUGAAGCUUAAGUUUUCUAUGAAUUCAGCAGAAAAUCAUUUGUCCAAUGACAUUGAUAGUAAUCAAGUGGUUAUAUCAAGCGGAUUGAUCUCAAGAUCAAUGAGCUCAAAUGCUUUGGGGAGUGUCCUUAAAGGUUCCUCUAAGAAUCCAUUUAGAAAAUGGAUGAGAAAAAGUUAA